UGUGUACAGGAACAAGACACAGGGGCUGGUGCUGAGGAACUGCCAGGUUUGAGUGGCUUUGUGCCACUUCUACAAGAUUUCCAAGAAAUGGAUAGAAACUAAGUCAAGUCUUUUGAGUUAGAAGAGGAUAACAAAUUUGUAUGCGUAUAUAAAUAUAACUCUUUGCCUUUCUUUCAGCUUCUGUUCCUGUCAGUUAAUGCUCUGAGAAAAUGGGAGGCGGGUCCUCAAAAGAAGCUCCAGUUACAUCAGGACCCAUUUGCCCUACUGUCCCUGUCCCCACCACUGCCCACACCCCUACAGAUGAUUUCAGAACUGCAGAAGUCAGAUGUGGGAUUAAUAACGAUGAAAUACUGUACAUGUCACUGGCCUUCAUCUCUGGCAUCCUCCUGACUGUCCUGGUUUUUGCAAUCAUCUUCCUCUUCAGAAAAAGGUCUAAAAGAUGCCACCAAAAUUUACAAGAGGAAACUUUCUCCCAGAUGGCAGCUGAGGAAUCUGUUAGGAACACCCAGAAUGAAGUGACCUACAGCACUGUGGUCUUCCAGCGGGGCAGGACACCACAGCCUGUGUGAUGAGGAAGCUCCAAAUGGAAUAAAAACGAUCCCACUUUCUGGACAUCAAAAGCCACGAGGAUGUUACACCGAGGGAAUGCCCUGGGAAUGCCCCCAUGCCCUCUGUAACACAGCUCUUUUUGUAGUUACAGCAGGAAAUUGUCUCCUGUUCAAACUGGCUGCCAACAGCUGUGGGCAAAUGGAGAGUUUCGAUACAGGAUUUCCUCAUCUGUAUAAAUCUCCCUGCCUUGUACAGUUUCCGUUUGUGAGAACCACCAGA